GCCAUCCAGCCUACAACCGGCGUGAAAAGUGCAAACAACCGGCACGACAAACCGAAAAAUGCACUAAACUCACAAUAAAUUUAUUCAACAUUAAUCAGCCCGAUACAACUUUUACAGUGAAUAUAGCAGAUUUUCUUAGUAGCGGAAAAGACGAUGUAUUAUUAGUUAGAAAAGACUUGCCGAAAGUUCAUGGCAAUCGGGGCCUAAGAAAAGCACAGGAAAAUAUCGGUUAGCUUUGUUUUGUGUUGAUGAGAGCCCUAUAAUGGUCAAUAAAUUAAAUAAAGAGUAUUAUAACACUGUUUUAGCGCAGGCCCUGAGCCCGUGUGGCAAUUAUUUAGUUGUUGGCGAUAUUUAUGGAUGUUUGUCAAUAUUCCACUUGUCCAAAAUAGUAAAUCCUGAAGCAAACCUCACUAGAGAAGAAUUGGUACCCAAAUGCAAAGUUACAGUGAAACCAGAUUAUCAGAUUAACAGCUUGAUUAGUGCUGGUGAUCAUCUAUUAGUUGGAGGCUUUGGAGAGAUUUAUGGUUAUGCUUGGAAACAAAUUAAGACUGGCAGAAAUCAGCAACCUCUAUGGACCAUCGAAAUUCCCGACAGCGAAGAUGAAUUCAAUAAAGCUGAAGUGAACUGUAUAGUUUAUGACAAAGAUGCUGGAACUAUUUAUGCAGGAUGCGGAGACAACAAAAUUUAUGUAUUUAAUCUGGAACAGAGAAGGACAUUAAAGACUUUCAGUAAACACACAGACUACAUCCACUGUAUUUGUAAAAACGGAAAUAGAUUACUUUCAAGUGGAGAGGAUGGUAUUGUAAAUAUAUGGGACAUCAAAAGUGGUAAAGUGGUCGAUAAAAUUGAGCCUCACGCUAACAGCCAAGUGGCGAGGCCCGAUUUAGGAAUUUGGAUUGGGGCGUUGGAUUGUAAUGAUGACUAUGUGGUCUGCGGUGGAGGACCAAGGCUUACCCUUUACCAUUACAGGUUUCUAUCAAACUCUAUGAUAUUCCCAAUAGACGAUAAAGGCAUACAUGUGGCGGAUAUUUACAAAGACAAGGUGUUUGCAGGCGGUCGAGCGAAGUUCUUCUAUCAAUCGAGUUUUAACGGCGAUAUCGUCAGCGAAAUACCUACUAGCGGAGCGACCGCUUACACUGUAGUGAGACAAGAGGAACCUUUUAAAGUAAUGUGCAUUGCAGGAUCCAGUCCCAAAAUUGAUGUGUGCUGCAAUUUCAUGUAUAAGGACCAACAAUUAUUUCUGUAUUAA